GGCAACAGUGUCAACAACGCUGGCUGGAUGGGUAUCUGUGAUUCAUUUGAGUUCCUCCUCAGUCAGUUUAACAGCGUCGAAGCGCUUUAACGACAAUGACGUCACCCGUUGCCGCUGUACUCUCCAACUUGUUAGGAAACGACGGAGCCGCGCUGCUCAGCGACAGUUGAAGGACUACGCAGGGAGAGGGAGCUAGCUUGCAUGGUGGGAUGGCCAAGACGUAAAUUAUGAUUGCUCUGGACCAUCUUAAAGCCCAGGACGCCACUAAUCUGCGAACAUAAGAAAUGAACAUUUCUUUUAAAGUAGAAAAAACACACUACCAGCCGUUGUUCAGAAAUGGAAAACGUUACACUCGAACCCAACGCAUAUCCACCAUGCAACACAAGUGUGGACUUCUACUCCUUCAAUUCAAUGAACCGAAGCGAGUUAAACUGCGUUCCGCCAGAAGACUUUUACUUCUACGCAGAUUUCUAUGUGGUUGUGCCCAUAGUUUACUCGGUCAUUUGCGCUGUCGGACUGACGGGCAACACGGCGGUCAUCUAUGUCAUUCUAAAGGCACCCAAAAUGAAAACGGUCACCAAUAUGUUCAUCCUGAACCUGGCCAUUGCAGAUGAGUUAUUCACGCUUGUUCUGCCACUCAACAUAGCUGAACAUCUUUUGCACAGCUGGCCUUUUGGUGAAGUGCUUUGCAAGAUGAUAUUGAGUAUUGACCACUAUAACAUCUUCUCCAGUCUUUAUUUUCUGACCGUGAUGAGUGUCGAUCGCUACCUGGUGGUCCUAGCCACUGUAAAGUCUAAACGGAUGCCAUAUCGCACAUACAGAGCAGCCAGGAUUGUCAGUCUGUGUGUGUGGCUUUUGGUCAUUCUUAUAGUCAUGCCCUUUACUGUGUUUGCAGGAGUUUACAUCAGUCCAGAUGACUCCAGUAGAAAAAACUGCCUGUUGAGUUUCCCUAGUCCCGAACAUUUGUGGUUCAAGGCAAGUCGGAUUUAUACUCUCAUUCUAGGCUUCGCUAUUCCCGUAUCCACUAUAUGCAUCCUGUACACAAUGAUGCUCUACAGACUCCGGAACAUGCGUCUGAACACGAACGCCAAAGCCCUGGACAAGGCGAAGAAAAAAGUUACAAUUAUGGUGUUUAUCGUGGUGGCAGUAUGCUUUUUCUGUUGGACACCUUUCCACCUCAGCACCAUAGUUGCCCUUACUACUGACCUGCGGACAACUCCAUUGCUGAUUGGAAUCUCCUACUUCAUCGCAUGUCUCAGCUACGCCAACUCGUGUCUAAAUCCAUUUUUGUAUGCGUUCCUGGAUGACAGCUUCAGAAAAGCGUUUAAGAAAAUGCUAGAAUGUAGAUAAACUUGAAAGUGACAUAAUUUGUCCAACAGACGGCCGAUAGAAAAGGCAGAGUAAAACGCGCAACUAUAAACAAGUUGUUUUGCUCAAAUAAUACAUUACAACUGCUCCUGCACAUGCGUGUCCGAGCCGAUUUACGUGCUACCAUUUCAUGGUGUGAGCAUCUGUCUCCCUCUUGUGACGUGUAAAGGCACACGCACUCCAGGAGCCACUCGGCGCCCUGUUCACUGACAUGAUGGGCUAGUAACACUGGGGAACGACACUGGGGAAACUCUGUAUAUAACAUUCACGUCGUUUUAAAUGUAUGGCCCUAGUAAGACAUGCAUUUGUAACCAAACUAUUUACAUUAAUGUAAAUGUUUGUUAUGCCUACGUAUGCUAUUUCAUAUGUCUUCGUAAUUUGGGCGUCGUUGGACUCAAUAAUGACAGAAGGGACGGUGUUCAGCGAUAUGUAAAUUAUGUCAGCCUUACGAGAACGGGACUUAUGCGAAGCUUUACAAUAAUCAAAUGGAGCUGGUCUUUAAAGUCUUUGAAGAAGUACUUGAAACACGAAUAUACCCUGAAAGCUGGAUCUGAAUCCUAUUCACCCCUGCGGUCAUGGACAUUUAUACACAUAUAUCAUACUGCUUCUCAUAUGUAUAUGGCAAAAAUAAAUGACUGAAAUAAUUAGUUUGGAUAAUUUACUUCAUUUAUUUAUUUUGUCAAAACAUGUUUCUGAAGUCUGUUUAUUUUGGCAAUUCAAAAUAAUGGUUAUGCCAAAGGUAUUUGAAGUUAUGAUCUAGAUGUUCUUUCAAAAGGAUUUUUUCUCAAUCUGUCUACUUAAAAAUAAAUAUGAAGGGCUCAA